GGUGCCGGAAUUUGACUUUUGAGGUUAGGAGAAGUAGGACUGUUUGGGAGUGUGUUCGUUUUGAAUUUGAAUGUUAGGCACAUCAGUUUUGGAAUAAGAUUAAAAUAAGUUCUUUGGACAUAAAGACAAGCACUAUCAGAUCUGAAGUUAGGUAGUUUGAAUCUUGAGAUGGGCACAUCAGUUUGAUUUUUGUUUUCUUUUACUUUUCCAAAGUGUUUGUUGGAAAACUUGAUCUCCUUUGGUUUGAGUAGUUUGUUUUGUUAUUCUCAUCUCUGGCAGUGAAAAAUUGGGACAACGUAGGAAGUGAAAUUGAAAGUAUGCUAGUUUGAACUUAACCCCGACUUUAAAGAUAUAACUAGUUGAUUAUAGUCAGUAGGUCUAGUAAUAAAUUUAUCCAAAAUGAUUGACAAUAUUCAAGGAUCGUAUGUGUCACAAAAAAUAAAUAAAGUUCGUUGGAAACCUGAGGGUGGUUUGGACAGUCAGACUUUUCUAAUUGGCAGUUGGGAUGAUGAAGACAAUCAAAUAAGCCUGUGGGUGUGUCCACCAGUCGAUAAAGAUGAAGAUAUUGAUGUGGCGCCGAUCAAAGUGUAUUCACAUCCCCACAAAGGUGAUGUCACAGAAAUUAAAUUUAUUGAUAACAACAACUUCCUUGCUGCUUCUUCUCUCGGCAGUGUCCAGCUAUUGCGUGUUGUUGAUCGAACUCAGGCAGAAUCAACUCGCUUCAUCACAACCAGCUCUUGGGACAACAUCCACUACUUCCCGACCGGUGAAGAGAGUUCCUGUACUGGCUUGGCCUCGUUCGAAGAAGAUGUUGCGACUAUCGGAGAAGAUGGGAGGAUAAAUUUGUUGUCAACCAGGGAAGAAGGCAUCACCAAAAUAUACGAUGAUGCUGACAGCUGCUCCCUGCGCUCUGUCUGCUUCCUGAAACACAACGAACUGCUGACAGGCAACUCUAGAGGACAGAUGAAGAUAUGGGACUUGAGGUCUGGAGAUGACAAACCCCAGUCAACCUUCAUGCUUAGUGGUGAACAGGUUGGCGCGACCUGUGUGACUCCCCACCCCACACAGAGACACCUGUUGCUGGCAGGCGGAGAGGAUGGCUCGGUGACUGUAUGGGACCUGCGAGAGAACGCUGCUCCUGCCACACUGCUCUCGGCACAUUCACAAGCAGUGAGUGAGCUACAAUUCCACCCAGACAGACCGGAACACUUGUUCACAUGUUCCAACAGUGGGGAACUGUGGCACUGGAACACCACCUCAUUCACAAAGUACUCUGCCAUCAACACUCUGUCUAACAGAUCACUAGAGGAAAAUCCUUGGCUCAGUAACGAUGCUGUGAAACACCGUAUCGAAGUCUCUCAGCUCAUGCCUCCCCUCCAUCUACCAGUCAACAGUCUCGACUUGAACCGUUCACGCCUGGUCUGUGGUUCUGACACUGAAGCUGUUUAUGUCAUCAAGAAUCUUCCCAUCUAACAAGUUUUCUAACUUUAUAAGUUAAUUAAUAAAAUGAUAUUCAUUUGUAAA